UCUUCUCAGAACUCUCUCUCUCUCUCUCGCAUGCACUCACACAGUAAAGACGAGUCAAGGUGCACCCUGCUGGAGUCAUGCCGGUGAGGAGAAUACCCAUUGGUCGGCCUGAGGAGGCAAGGCAUCCGGACUGGGCGCGAGCACUCCUCGCGGAGUUUGUGUCCACCUUCAUCUUCGUCUUUGCUGGAGAAGGCUCUGUCCUCGCUCAUGGUAAGAUAUCAAGAGAGGUGGCGACACCGGCGGGGUUGGUGAGUGUGGCCUUAGCACAUGCAUUUUCUUUGGCAGUUGCGGUGGCUGCCGGGAUGAACAUAUCAGGUGGUCAUAUUAACCCAGCAGUUACAUUCAGUGCACUUUUGGGAGGCCGGAUUUCUCUAUUGCGAGCCUUCUUCUAUUGGGUGGCCCAACUCUUGGGCUCCAUCGUGGCUUCUCUCUUGCUUCUGCUUACCACCGAUGGAAUGAGGCCCUUUGGUUUCUCAGUCGCCUCAGGGGUAGGAGAAUGGAAUGCUCUCUUGCUUGAGAUCGUGAUGACAUUUGGUCUCGUAUAUACAUUCUUCGCGACAGCGGUCGAUCCUAAAAGGGGAACCAUGGGCACAAUGGCACCACUAGCUAUAGGCUUCAUCGUGGGUGCUAAUAUCCUUGCCGGUGGUCCCUUUGAUGGUGCAUCGAUGAACCCAGCACGAGCCUUCGGUCCAGCCCUUGUGGGGUGGAGGUGGAGCAAUCAUUGGAUAUAUUGGGUUGGACCCUUUGUGGGUGCAGGUUUGGCUGGCCUCAUCUACGAGGCACUUAUAAUUCCUACUGAGCCUCCCCUUCCUCACCAGCCUUUAGCUCCUGAGGACUACUAGAUCUCUCUCUCUCUCUCUCGUGUAGAUAAGUUGCAUUUUCUGUUGUUUUCCAUGAGCUUCAAUAAAUCAGACACCAAGUUCUAUGUGUGUUAUAUGCUG